CAGUUGAUCAUGCUCAUGACAGGUCCGGGAGGUACGGGAAAGACUCACGUUGUCAAAGCGGUACAAUCGGUAAUGCAGCAUUAUGGAUGCGCACAUAUUAUUCGGUUCUUAGCUCCCACGGGUUCUGCGGCUGCGUUAAUAGACGGAAUGACUGUACAUAAAGGUCUGGGCAUUAAGAUAAAGUCAAACAACAAAGGUAAAGGGAAUCGUGAGCCCGGAAACAGUCUAGAGGAUUAUUCUGUGUUGAUCAGUGUCCAAAAUCGCACUCGGCUUCGAGAUGAGUGGAAGAAUGUCGAGUUCCUGCUGCUGGAUGAAGUCUCAUUGGUUAGCUUGCAGCUUCUGGCCGAAAUAGACCACGCUCUA